AUGAAAGAAUCACAAGGAGAGAGAAGUGAGGGAAGGGGAGAAGAAAAUGGGAGAUUCAUGGUUGAUUCCUGUGUUGAGAAAAUAGAGAAAGAGAAAGAAACCGAAAAAGGAAAAGAGGAAACAGGUGAUCGACGUUUCGAGAAGGGAGCAUAUUCCGGCGAGACUACCGUAAACAAUGAGUAUUCAGUCGACGGUACUGUCAUAGUAGCUGCUUCUCGUCUCCGGAGGAAUUCAAACCAAACCGAUCCGUCUGAUAUCAAAAAGAGGCUUUUGCUCUCGUCUUUCAUGGCGAAGGACCAACACUUGCGGCCUUGGUUUCUGGAUCUCGUACCGGCUUUGGUUAUUUUUCUUGCUGCAGCUCAUGUCAUCGCCUUGGGUUACUGGAUUUACAGAUUGGCCACUGAUCGUCGGCCUCAGAGAGGAAAAUUUCACUAA